AUGGUCGGGCCGACAGCUUCUCUCGCUCCCCUUCAUCGAGCCGAUGGCUCAUCAUCCUACACGUGCCCUACGACCGGCUAUGAACUGCUGGGCACCGUCAAUGCCCCCAUCGAGCUCCCCGCACGCCGCGAUACCUUGAAGCCCGAGGAAGCCACCGUAGAGGUGUUUGUUAAGCCCGGCACCACCACCGCCGGGGUUGGCGAGCGAUAUGUCGAGGGCAUUCUGCGGAGUGUCCUUGCGACGGUCAUUCUCGGUCGUGAGAAGGGAUUCCCUCGGCGCGGCGUCGUGAUCACAUUGGCCAUUGUCGGUGGUGAGAAUGUGGAACGUGGUGACUCGUAUUUGACCCUUCUACCGGCCCUCUUGCACACUUCCCUGCUCUCCCUUUUGUCCGCGACCGUGCCCCUUUCCAUGACUUUCUCCGCGACUUUGCUCGGCGUGACAAAAUCCGGCAUCAUCAUCUCCGACCCUUCUCCGGCCGAUGCGAAAGCAAUGGCCUCGCUCCACGCGCUCGCCUUUUCAUCGAAGGGCCAUCUUUUGCUCAACGAGAGUCAAGGACGAUUCGACUUUGAUACAUGGGAAGCCGUUCGUCAAAAAGGCCUCGGCAUCUGCCAGAGCACUGCGGGAAGUGUCGAUGGGGAUGUCUCUAUGGACGAGGGAGCAGAUAGCGCACAGUUACACGGCUUCGUGCGUGAGACAGUUGAGGACCAAGUGCACCGAGACUACGCAUGGAAGGUCGAUGCCGUUUGA